GGCCGACCGACCAAGCUCAACCAUCAGUCCGCGUUCUUGCCCAUCACCGGAAGGUAGUGUAGUGCAGCUUCCUCACCUCGUGCGAUAAGUGCCGUACCUGUGCUCUAGAGAAAAGAUGCUGAAGUUUGUGAUUGCAGUUCUGGCCCUCGGUGCCGUGGUGAGCGCCGAGUUUGUGGUGCAGACGCGUGACGAUCUGCUGAAGUACCGUGCCGAGUGCGUCCAGUCGCUGAGCGUGUCGGACGAGCUGGUCGAGAAGUACAAGUCGUGGAACUUCCCGGAGGAUGACACCACCCAGUGCUACAUCAAGUGCAUCUUCAACAAGAUGCAGCUGUUCGAUGAUGCGACCGGCCCGAUCGUAGACAACCUGGUGGUGCAGCUCGCCCACGGCCGGGACGCCGAUGAGGUGCGUGCCGAAAUCGUCAAGUGUGCCGGCACCAACACCGACGGCAACGUGUGCCACUGGGCAUUCCGGGGCUUCCAGUGCUUCCAGAAGAACAACCUGUCGUUGAUCAAGGCGAGCGUGAAGAAGGACUGAGGACGAUCUUGGCAAUCAUUUGGCACGGUGAACGGUGAAUACGAAUUGGAAUAAAGUGAUCUAUACAAGCAAAUGCAAA